UACAAAAAUAUAUAUCAAAUUACAAACAAAUUGGGAAAAAUGCCAUCGUCGAGCCCUCGCACCGUCGAAGAGAUCUUCAAGGACUACAGCGCCCGGCGCUCCGCCGUCAUUCGAGCCCUCACCUACGAUGUGGACGAGUUCUAUUCGCUUUGCGAUCCAGAGAAGGAGAAUUUGUGCUUGUAUGGACACCCGGAUGAGUCGUGGGAGGUGACUCUGCCGGCGGAGGAAGUUCCCCCGGAGCUUCCUGAGCCUGCACUGGGCAUCAAUUUCGCAAGAGAUGGGAUGAACCGUAAAGAUUGGCUGUCAUUGAUUGCAGUACAUAGCGAUUCUUGGUUGCUCUCUGUGGCCUUCUACUUUGGUGCUCGACUUAAUCGGAAUGAGAGGAAGCGUCUGUUUAGCUUGACUAAUGAUAUGCCUACGAUCUUUGAAGUCGUAACUGGAAGGAAGCCUGUAAAAGACAAGCCCAGUGGGGAUAUUGGAAGCAAAUCCAGGAACUCAAAGAGAUCGAUUGACGGACAAAUAAGGACCAACAAUAAGGUACACGAUGCAAGCUAUGCGGAGGAUGAAGAUGAGCAUAGCGAAACCCUAUGUGGAAGCUGUGGAGGAAAUUACAGUGCUAAUGAGUUUUGGAUCGGCUGCGACAUCUGUGAGAGGUGGUACCAUGGGAAGUGUGUCAAGAUAACACCAGCCAAGGCAGAAUCCAUUCCGCAGUACAAAUGCCCUCCUUGCAGCACAAAGAAGAGCAAGUAGUGAUGAGUAACAAAAACCUCAGGAGCACUUACGUAUGGCCGACAGAUACUCUCUGGCCGUUGUUAUUCAUUUUCUGUGCCUACUCUCUGGUCAUGCCGCCUUGGUUCCGGUCAUGACGUCAUUGUAUUUUUUUCCCCCUAGUAUUUUGCUCCCUUCGGAUAUAUGUUCCUUCUCUAAUGUACAAAAUAGAACUUGUUUCAUUUGUGUUAUUUUAUGAAUCGUUUUUAAAUUUUAGUUAUUAAAAGAUGUUUGUGAUUUUGGUUUUUGACUCUGAAUUGCGCUAUGAUGCUCAUGCAUCAUUUUGGGAAUAAAAGUUCUCUUG